CCCGUCCGCAUCCACUGCAACAUCACGGAGUCAUACCCUGCUGUGCCCCCCAUCUGGUCCGUGGAGUCCGAUGACCCUAACUUGGCCGCUGUCUUGGAGAGGCUGGUGGACAUUAAAAAAGGGAACACCUUGGUAAGGAGGGUGGGAAUGGGCAUUUGGUCCUGUCGGUCCCCUAUGCUGGAUCAGCCCUUGCCGGCAGAGCAGUGCACACAGGAAGACGUGUCUUCAGAAGACGAAGAUGAGGAGAUGCCUGAGGACACGGAAGACCUGGAUCACUAUGAAAUGAAAGAGGAGGAGCCAGCUGAGGGCAAGAAGUCUGAAGACGACGGCAUUGGGAAAGAAAACUUGGCCAUAUUAGAGAAAAUUAAAAAGAACCAGAGGCAAGAUUACUUAAAUGGUGCGGUGUCUGGCUCGGUGCAGGCCACUGACCGGCUGAUGAAGGAGCUCAGGGAUAUAUACCGAUCACAGAGUUACAAAGGCGGAAACUAUGCAGUGGAACUGGUGAAUGACAGUCUGUAUGAUUGGAAUGUCAAACUCCUCAAAGUUGACCAGGACAGCGCUUUGCACAAUGACCUCCAGAUCCUCAAAGAGAAAGAGGGAGCUGACUUCAUCUUACUGAACUUUUCCUUUAAGGAUAACUUUCCCUUUGACCCACCGUUCGUCAGGGUUGUGUCUCCAGUCCUCUCCGGAGGGUAUGUUCUGGGUGGAGGCGCCAUCUGCAUGGAACUCCUCACUAAACAGGGCUGGAGCAGCGCCUACUCCAUCGAGUCCGUGAUCAUGCAGAUCAGCGCCACGCUGGUGAAGGGAAAAGCGCGCGUGCAGUUCGGAGCCAACAAAUCUCAGUACAGUCUGACGAGAGCACAGCAGUCCUACAAGUCCUUGGUGCAGAUCCACGAAAAAAACGGCUGGUACACACCCCCAAAGGAAGAUGGCUAACUCCGGAGAGCCCUCCCGGCACUCCUCCCCCAGGCACCACUGGACCAAUUACCUUUGAAUGCUGUAUUUGGAUCUCACGCUGCCUCUGUGGUUCCCUCCCUCCUCUUCCUGGAUGGAAUAGCUCUGCCUAUUGCAGGACAAUGAUGGCUAUUCUAAACGCUAAGGGAAAAACAACACACAGAACCAACCACCUUGCUGGAACCCUUGCUAGCAGGCAUUCUUAUGAACGAAACUCUCGAGCCUCCUUAAGUUGCUGGGACUCAGCCGUGCUCCAGACUAGAGCCUCCUUACCUAUGCUAUGGAUUUUUAAUUUAUUUUCUCUUCUUUCAUGUACACUGCUUUUUUUGGUUACAGUGUAUGAUGGAUGUGUAUGAAAAAAAAAUGUAUCUUUGGGAAAACAAUUACAGUUUGUUAAUUUGAA